UUCACAUUUUUUAGGUUUUGACGUGUAGUUCUCCACUAAAUCUCCAUUCCUGCGACUUAGAUUUUGAAUUUUGGCUGCAAGAUUCUUAACUCCUUGAUCUUCAUCUGAACGGGGCUUGCAAAUUCGGAGAUCCUAUCUGCCAAGUUUUGGCCAGUGCUUUUGCUUUUGCAUUAUUGCCUGUGGUGAGCACGCGUCCUGGAGCCAUGUCGCGUACAAAAUCUUUCAUCAGUUCAGAGCGUCGCGGCACUAUAUUCCGGAUGACUAAUCGCUGGAAGAACGCACUGGAGAACGGGGAGCUGACAGAUGUGGCAUUUUCCGUGGGACGUGAUCAUGGUCUGGUUAAACUGCUCCGCGCUCACAAACUGCUGCUGAGUUUGAGCAGCGAUGUGUUCCAUGCGAUGUUCAACGGGAAUUUCACUGAAAAUCAGACCAAGGCCAUAGAAAUCCCCGACAUUUCUCCGGACGCAUUCUCCAACCUGCUGGAUUUUCUCUAUACGGAGACCAUGGAGAAUCUGACGCCCGAGAAUGUCCUGCAGACCCUGUACGCCGCGGAAAAAUACGAUUUACCUUGGCUGGCCGAUCACUGCACCCAGUUUGUCCUGGAGAAGUUGGAUUGGGAUAAUUGCUUGACGUUGUUGGAUGGUGCGCUGCAUCUGACUCCCGAUUGUGACGUUAUUGUGGAGGAAUGUUUGCGUAUCGUAGACUGGGCGGGCAUCGGUGUGUUGUAUGGUGAGCACUUCUCGACCAUCCGUCGCAAAACACUGGAGACAAUUGUGCAGCGUGACUCACUGGAUGCUGAGGAACAUGUUAUCUAUCUGGCCGUCGACAUGUGGGCGUCGGCGGCAUGUGGUCGAGCUGGACUGUCCCCGUCCGCGGCUAAUCUGCGUCGGGUGCUCGGUUAUGCUUUGUUCCAGGUGCGGUUCCCUUGCAUGACGGAUGCCCAGUUGGCGGAGGGACCGGUCCAGAGCGGUCUCCUGGGAGCGGAGGAACUGCGUGACAUCUACCUGUACAAACACUUGGCUAAGACGGAUUCCACGCCCACCGCCAACCAGCCGAUCCUGCCCUUUCGCACCACUCCGCGGCGCUAUGUACAUCAUAAGAUCGGAUGUAUGCGGUUUGACGGUGCCGAAAAGGUCUUUGUCCGGAUGGCCAACGGUUACUGGUGUGCCGGAACUGUCGAAGGAGAGAAUUAUGUGUAUACGGAUUAUACGUUUUGCACCGAGAAAGGAAUUAAUUUGUUACAGCCGCUGCAGGCCGUUCGGGCCAAGGAUAUUCUGCGAUACGGCUUACCGAUUUAUGCGCGCAUUGAUGGUGUUUACGUGCCGGCUACUUACGGUGCUCUGCGCGCUGGUCAACACAUUGUCAGCUGUGCCGGAAAAGAAUACCGUCUGGACUUUCUGGAUCUCCGCAUUACUAACACCGUCGUCCAGGAGUGCAAAGCGGUCAAAAAGUGAAAACACCGGUGUAAUUUCACAGAAAAUCAUGGCGGUUUUUCUCGUAUGCAAUCUUCCCUGCGGUUUGUGGUGGUUCUUAAUUUUCUUAAUCGUUGAUAUUCAAGUUGCACAAAAACCCGUUCUUUCAGUUUGUGAUAAGAGGCUGUACUGCCAAAGUUUUUAUAGAAGUAUUUAUUGCCUUUCCGGUUUCUGGUGUGAUAUUUUAUCAGAAUUUUAAACAGUUUUAAACGUGAUAAUUUUAGUGCUUUUCCGGCUCUGUCAGUGUGAAUGCGGUAGUUUACGGUCAUUAUGAUAAUAAAGUUUUGA